AAAAACCCCACUAUAAGAUAAGAGAAAAAGAUAUGGGCAUGGUGUCACGCUUUCCGAGUGAACUAAACAUGGGUGUCGGACAGCAAUUGUCGCCGUCGGUAAUCAACUCGGUCAGAGUGACCGCCGUAGCCGAGCGACUGGCCUCUCACGCUCUUCAUCCCGGCAGCAAAUCUAGCAUCCUGGAGUUCUUCCAUCUCUGUCUCUCUCUUGCCAGGGGUAUUGAUUAUGCUCUUGCACAAAAUGAGAUUCCUGCCAAAGCUCGAGAGUUACCUAAAUUGUUGAAACAGGUAUGCCAACGGAGGCAUGAUAUCUUACUGCAAGCUGCUAUUAUGGUGCUGAUGAUCUCGGUUAAGAAUGCUUGUAAGAUUGGAUGGUUUUCAGAUAUGGAGAGUCAAGAUCUUCUUACUCUUGCUGAUGAGAUAGGGAGUGGCUUCUCAAGACUUGGAGAUAUUAACGCUGGACCAAGCAAUUUGGUUUCCACUAUCUCAACAAUUAUGAUCAAGUUCUAUCCAAAAAUGAAGAUGGGGCCGAUACUUGCUUCUUUUGAAGUUAAGCCUGGAUAUGGGGCAUACAUGAUCGAUUUCGCUAUCUCAAAGAACACAGUACAUUCUCCUCCAGGAAUUCGGUUAUUUGUAGCACAAACAGAUAAUAUAGAGACUUCUGCUUGUAUCAUAAGUCCCCAAGAGGCAAACUUUAUUCUGAACGGAAAGGGAGUUGAUAGAAGAACUAAUGUGUUUAUGGAUUCAGGGCCACAGUUGCCAACAAAUGUGACUGCAAUGCUUAAAUAUGGAACAAAUCUUCUUCAAGCAGUGGGUCAGUUCAAUGGUCAUUAUGUCGUGGUUGUUGCUUUUAUGAGUAUGGAAUCAUCGCUCGACUCUUCCUCACUACCAGAUUAUGUUCAGUCUGAUAUUGCUGUACAAGAUUCAGAUUGUGACCUAAUUGAGGGGCCAUCAAGAGUUUCACUUAAUUGUCCCAUAAGUUAUACACGUAUCAGAACUCCUGUCAAAGGAAAAUCAUGUAAACAUCUUCAGUGUUUUGAUUUUAGUAAUUUUGUCAAUAUAAAUUCAAGAAGACCAUCCUGGCGCUGUCCGCAUUGUAAUCAGCAUGUUUGCUACCCUGAUAUCCGUGUUGAUCAAAAUAUGGUUCAGGUCCUGAGAGAAGUAGGAAAAAACGUUGCUGAUGUAAUUAUCUCCGCAGAUGGAUCAUGGAAAGCUGUCCUGGAAAGUGAUGACAACAUGAAUCAGGCACAUGAUAAGAUCCCUAGUGGUGAGAACGAAGGAUCAGAGCAGCAACAGCCUCCUGGCUUCCUGAAUCCUGGUCCUAAUGUUGUAGAUCUCACAAAGUAUGAUGAUGAGAUGGAUGCAAUGAUCCUUGGUGAAACUGAAGACAGGAAACCUAUCCUCACUGAUUUACAAAGUCAACCUGUUCCUAUAAAUAUAUCUAGGCCAUCAGAGUUGAGCAAUACUGUUGGAGUUAAUCAAAAUGCCGUUUCUCAAGGAGAGGAUGACUUCUGGGCUGGAAUUUUAUCUUCACUUGGGCCUGCAUCCUCUAGUGUUGAUAGCAUUUCUGUGCCUGCUUCUGCCAAUUUUAUGACAUCUUCUCUGUUAGUUGAUGCUAUUUCUCCUGCAAUAACUGAUGCCAUUUCUCAUGCACUUAAUCGGGAAACAGAGGCUCUUGGCUACAGUAAUCUGACAACUUCUGUGAUGCAAAGUCAAUAUUUGUCACCAAAUGAUCUACAGUUACAACAGUCACACUUUGUGAACCACCAUGAAUAUGGGAGGUUAUCACUAAACAGAAAUAUAAACCGAACUCCAAUAGCAAUUCAGGCUCUCCCAGCUCAAUCCCAGACACCAUCUCCGCAACAAAGAUCAGGAACUAAUUUUAAUUUUGUUACCCCUAAUGGAUCUUCCCUUGCUUCUCAGAGUGCCCUGUCUGUUGGAAAUGGUUAUAAUGGUUCUUCCCUUGCUUCUCAGACUGCCCUGUCUGUCGGAAAUGGUUAUAGUGAUAUGGAGCGACAGCAGCAGUUCUCUAGAUCCCCAUUAAAUGCAUUUUUGGGGCCAGAUAUAGCUUCAUCUUCAGUGCAGCAUCAGUCUGCAGCACAGGUUGUUGGCCUUCCAGCUCCAAGUAUAUAUACAGGUGCUUACCGAGCCUCUUCUGGGCUUUCAACGGAAAACCAGAGUUUACACCAGCAGCAAGCUCCAAAUAUUAGGAUGCCUCAAUCCAGGAGCCAAUCCCCAAGGAUGAUCCAGUCGCCAUCACCUCUCUCAAGAACUCCAACUCAGCAAGGGAGUGCACCAGUUGGGGUUGGCCAUAUAGCAGGUAAUGGGGGUACCCAACAUGCCAGGGGUAUGGUGUCUAGUCCUGUAGCUGGUAGAAUUUCAAAUCAGAUGACUAGACAGCCACCAACUGUGCCAGUUCAAGUUCAAACAUCCAGAAAAGGGCCUACAUACCAGGCAAAUACAGAGGGUGCUAGGGCAUCAGCAGGGGAGCAAUGAGUGAACACUGGAGGACUGUUGCAACAAAUUAGGGCUGAAAAUUCAGCAGAGUUGCCAUCGGAGCAAAAUUGGCAGCCCACAGGUCGAAUGCGAGGAAGCCUUUCUGGUCGGGCGUAUUCUGCUGCUCUUAGCCAGUUCAUGAUUCAGCCAACCCAACCAACUCAAGUAGCGAGGCCACUUUCCAAUCCAACUUCCCAGUCCACUGCUCGGCCCCACCUGCAAGGGUCUUCUGCACCACACCUGCAAGGGUCUUCCCUGUCUACUGCUCCACCACACCUGCGAGGGUCUUCCCUGUCUACUGCUGCGCCACACCUGCAAGGGUAUCUUUCAAAUAGUAGGAGAGCUCAUAUUCCUCAAAUGCAAAAUAAUCCAAAUACUGAACCCGAUCUGGGGAUGAAUUAAUGCGUCUGGCUUGUAAUGUUGUGAAGGGUUGACAUCAGAAGGCUGUAUACAUCAAUAUAUGUAUAUGGUAUGGCCAUUUUUGCUUCACACGGUCACUAUGUAAAGCCACUAAUUAGUUUGUGACUGGUUUUAAUUUACUUGCCAUGUUUAUUAACGGUUUAUAUUCUGAUAUAACAUAUAGGGGUUAAUCUAAUUAGUUAAUUAUGGUGUGGAAUGUGGAUCUUCACUAGUUGCAGCUACGUUGUUAUAUCAUAUGUAUAUAUCCCAUGGGGCUCCUCUUUUUGGAUUCAA